GGAAACGUCCGUCACUGAACACUUUCCUCCCUUUUCCGCGUGUGUCGGCUUUCUAAUGGCUUCACGUAAAGAAUCAGCUUCAGCGGCUACCCCCGGGAUGGCUUCUACAGGCGGCACUUUGGACUCUCCUGUCAAACAGAUCCAGAUCGAGGGUCUAGUGGUGCUGAAGAUUAUCAAGCACUACCAGGAAGAGGGCCAGGGCAGCGAGGUGGUGCAGGGCGUACUGCUGGGCCUGGUAGUGGAGGACCGGCUGGAGAUCACCAACUGCUUCCCCUUUCCGCAGCACACUGAGGAUGAUGCAGACUUCGAUGAAGUCCAGUACCAGAUGGAGAUGAUGCGUUCUCUGCGUCAUGUCAACAUAGACCAUCUGCAUGUGGGCUGGUAUCAGUCCACCUACUAUGGCUCUUUUGUCAGCCGAGCGCUGCUCGACUCCCAGUUCAGCUACCAGCACGCCAUCGAAGAGUCAGUUGUACUCAUCUAUGACCCCAUAAAGACGGCACAAGGCUCCCUCUCCCUGAAGGCCUACAGGCUCACCCCCAAACUCAUGGAGAUCUGCAAAGAGAAAGAUUUCACACCUGAGGGCUUGAAGAAGGCCAACAUUGGCUUCGAGCAUAUGUUCGAGGAGGUGCCCAUUCUCAUCAAGAACUCUCACCUCAUCAACGUACUGAUGUGGGACCUGGAAGACAAGUCCACGGUCGCCGACAAGCACGAACUGCUCAACCUCUCAAGCAGCAACCAUUUGGAGAAGAGCCUUCAGCUUCUGAUGGACAGAGUGGAUGACAUGUGCCAGGACAUUGUCAAGUACAACACCUACAGCCGUAACCUGAGUAAGCAACAGCAGCAGAAACACCAGUACCUCCAGAGGCGGCAGCAGGAGAACGUCCAGCGACAGAGCAGAGGGGAGCCCUCGCUGCCUGAAGAGGACAUCAACAAAAUGUUCAAGCCCCCUCAGCCUCCACCACGCAUGGACACGCUGCUUAUUGCAGGGCAAAUUAACAACUACUGCGGGAACGUGAAGGAAUUCACCUCGCAGAAUCUCGGGAAGCUGUUCAUGGCGGAGGCUCUUCAAGGCCACAACUAGAGGAAAGAACCAUGGUGAAGAAAUCUCUGAGGAGGGAAAGUUUACACAGAGGGCGGAUAAAGAAAGGUAACAGAGAUGCAAAACCACCUGAAGACGACUGGAGGACAACAACACCGUUAUUUGUUUUCUAAGAUUAUUCAUUGUUUUUAUGCCCAGCUCCAUCUUGGAUAUAAAAUUAUCUUUGAAGAUCACUUGAUUUUGAUUUAAAUAAAAGUCUUGC